UUCUCGCUUCUCGUUUAGCGUAGUCGGGCAACAGACUUUGUGUAAUCCAGUUCAUUGUGCCAUAUUUUUCUCUAAAAGAAAUAGCUAUAAACGUGCGAUGAAGAACAUAAAUAAGUUAAUUUAAUUAUUGUGUAUUUUUGUUUAAUUAAUUUAUAAGUAUAUCAUUAUAAUAUGGAUUAAGUGUGCUAGAAGUUGAUAUAAACAAUUUUUUAAGAGCCGCAAAAAUGAUUUGCACUUCAGUCAUUAUCCUCGUUGUAUUUAUUUCAUCUGCAAAGAGUUUCCCAAAAUGUUGCGAAGAAGAUAAUUAUGUACUCAACGGUUCUUGCAUAGAUGGAUCGAAGCUUAAUAUUGAAGAUUCAAAAUGCAAAUUUACAUUUACGUUAUCAAAUGAUGAGUAUAUUGUUACUGAAAAUAAUUCUCUUUUAUUACUCAGUUUCGAUGAUCUGUUAUAUCACAGCGAUCACUAUUGUAUAACAAAAAAAUAUGGAACAAUUACCGACAUAGCUGUUGUUUGCGAAACCGAUUUACUAUCUAAUGAAGAACACCAUAUUUUAAGACCAGUGUGCGGAUUAAUUUCAGUGUUAUUUAUGCUUUUAACGAUAUUGGUUUAUAUUACGCUGCCUCAAUUACGAGAUUUACAAGGAAAAUGUAUACUCCACACCUUAGCUGGUUUAGCAACAGCGUUUCUUUCUUUAGCUAUAUUACAGAUUAGUCCAAUCGCUAAUAACUCCACUUGUAUUUUUAUGGCAUUCCUGACAUAUGCUUCGUUCCUUUUAGCAUUUUUUUGGCUUAACGUGGUUGCAUUCAACGUAUGGAAAAAUAUCGUUAAACCGAAUAUGUUAAAUAAGAACGACGACUUCUGGCACAUGAUUUACUGUGUUUAUGCUUACGGAAUGACGUUGGUAUUUGUAAUAACAACCCUGUCCGCACAUCACGUUGAAGGCGAUCACAUUCGACCUCGUUUUGGAGAAGGAAGUUGUUUUUUCAAUGGAGAAACAGCUACUUGGGCUUACUUUUAUGGACCAAUAACAAUCUUAUUAAUAAUCAACUUCAUACUUUUUAUGUAUUCUUGCGCGGUUCUUUGGGGUGGCAAGCAACAACUAAGCACGCAAAAUAUUCGAGGAGCAAAAUAUCGUUGUUUAAUGACGAUGAAAUUGUUUUUAAUCAUGGGUUUAUUAUGGAUUUUUGAGGUUAUUUCAUAUGCGACGCAAGAUAAACAUGAAAUUUUAAACAAAUUAUGGGCUGUAACGGAUUACAUCAACACAAUACAAGGAAUUUUAAUAUUUUUGUUGUUGGUUGUUUUUAGAAAAAGAGCUUUAAGAGGAUUAGCAAGUAAAUAUUCUUGUUUUGGGAAAUUUACACGAUCAUGGCAAACGUUAGAUGAUGAAGAAUGUGUUGAAGAAGAGGAAGAUUCAAAAGGAUUAAACGUAACAAUAUAAAAGAAUCUCAUUUAUCAAUUUGUUUAUAUGUUUAAUAAUUUUUAAUGUCAUGUUUACAGAUUUUCUAACUAGUCAAUUAAAAUAAGUACUUAACCUUGAAUAAUAACUAUGUAUAUUAUUUUCCUUUUCAUGGAAAUAAAUGUUAAACAAAAA